GUGCUUGUGUUGAAAAACUUAAACUUUGGUUUGAAGUUGAUGAAGCUAAAAAUUUGCAAUUGUUGAUAGAUGCACUUGAGUUACUUAGUGUUGCUCCUGAAUAUAAAAUUUAUAAAAAACAUGAUGUUGACGUUUCUUAUCUCGAAUUACGCCUCCGAACUUUAAAGACAACUUUAGAAGCAAUAUAUUACUUGGUUGCUUUGCAACAUGAAUUCCGCGAUAAGCUUCUUAGCAACAUGAGAACUUAUAUUAAUCUUUAUUAUCGUAUAAUAGAUCAUUGUCAAAACUAUAACAUAAAUUUCUUAUUAAUUCAUUUACGCGAUACCUUACAAAGUAUUCGUGUUUACGGACAAAAACAAUCCUUAGAAAAAUUUGAAAUAACCGUUCAUGCAGGUGUUUCAAUGCCACAGAAUGCAUUGAAAUUUUUACAGAAGAUCAAGGAUUUCAAUUGUCUUACUGGAUGGUACAAACAAUGGCGCGAUCUCUUAAAUGUACGUCGUUCAUUAGAAAUUUCAACCAAACAACUAAACAACAAAUUUUCCGAAAGUCAUAAAGAAGCUUAUCUUCUUGAAUUCCUUUGGCAAUAUAUUUUUGGUCAAAUUUCUGAUCAAGCCAUGCCAGUAACAAACCUUUCUGAAGAAAUCUUAAAUGACGAAGAGGCAUUUUUGUACAAUUUUAACAAAAAAAAAGGAUUAAGUUUUUCACUUAAUUCCUUAUGGUUUGGCACACUAGAUCUUGCUCAAGACAUAUGCCAUACAACAUCGCAACCCGCUAUUAUAGCUGCCUGUUACUAUUUGGGUUUAGAGUCUUUACGAAAAUCCCAAUGCGUCUAUAUUAAGUUUAAGUCUCUAGAAAUGCUUUUAUCUUUAUCGCUUAAGGAACCAAAACCGUUUCAAGAUGAAAUAAAAGGAAAAAUCAGUGAAUUUUGUGGUUUACAAUUUAAGUCGCUGGUCGAUAUUGUGUAUCGAAAACUUCAAUUGGACGCUAAAUUUAUUAAAUCAAAAGAUUAUUAUGUCUCUAUUUUUCUAAAGAAAAAUUUAACCGAAAAUAUAAUUGAGCUGCUAAAAGAUAUAAUUAACGAAAAUUUAAUAUGCGCUGAUUCAAAAAAACUUAUUGGUGAUUUUCUUGAAUUAGAAUGCAAGCAUGUCAUUAGCCGUCUAACAAUCAUCAAUCAGGAAAGAUGCCCUUUCUGCCAAACUAGCAUCGACCCAAAAUUAAUAUAUAAUUUUACGUCAAACGCAGUAAUAAAAGGCUUUUAUGAAAAAUUGGAAGAUUUUGAUGAUUAUAUAAUAAAUGAGCGACAAAUAUCAAAUAUUCUUCCAAAGUCUAAAUUAUUUAAAAAAGCAAAAGAUGCAGAAAAAGAGCAAAACUAUUCAGAUGUUAUAUUUUACUUGGAUAAAAUAAUGCAAUUUUAUCCCAAAAGUUAUGAUUAUUCAGUUCGAUGUAAGAAAGCGAAUGCAAUUUGGGAACUUGGAUUAAAGGUAGAUCGGGAAAUUGCUAUUAAACUGCAUGUGAAAGCUCGAAAUAUAUUAACAUCGGCAAUUCAUUUGAAACCAAAAGAUUCAUUAGCCUACAUAUGUAGGGGCAAAAUAUAUCUACAUCACAAUAGUAAUGUCGAAGCACUGAAAGAUUUUGAAUCUGUACAAAAAUUUGAGCCAAACAACAGAGAUGCAUUUUUAUACAAAUUAAUGAUAUUGAACAAGAUGGAGAAUACGGAAUUCAGUAAAAUAAUUAAAAGAAAUAAGCUCAACCCAAUGUCAAUAGUUUCAUUAUUAACAAUGGCCAAACCAAGGAAAUUGAUAUUUGGGCUGGGAAAUUCAUUGCCAGUUAAACUUUAUUCAUUGGAUGAUUCGACAAUUUCAGGAUAU